CAAUUUAGAGCCGCGCGCCGGUUGAGGACGUAAAAUGGCGGAGUAGUUAAGCGCAGCGGUUGGUACUGAGUCUGUGGCCUGACUUCGAUUGGGGUCUCGGCAGCAGCAGUUAUCACUGAGCAAAGACUACCUACGGUAUUUGGCCAAGAUGCCAAAUAUCAAAAUCUUCAGCGGCAGCUCCCAUCAGGACUUGUCCCAGAAAAUUGCUGAUCGCCUGGGCCUGGAGCUAGGCAAGGUGGUGACUAAGAAAUUCAGCAACCAGGAGACCUGUGUUGAAAUUGGUGAAAGUGUACGUGGAGAGGAUGUCUACAUUGUUCAGAGUGGCUGUGGUGAAAUUAACGACAAUUUAAUGGAGCUUUUGAUCAUGAUUAAUGCCUGUAAGAUUGCUUCAGCUAGCCGGGUUACUGCAGUCAUCCCGUGCUUUCCUUAUGCCCGGCAGGAUAAGAAGGAUAAGAGCCGGGCUCCAAUCUCAGCCAAGCUUGUUGCAAAUAUGCUUUCCGUAGCAGGUGCAGAUCAUAUUAUCACCAUGGACCUUCAUGCUUCUCAAAUUCAGGGCUUUUUUGAUAUCCCUGUGGACAAUUUGUAUGCAGAGCCAGCUGUCCUGAAGUGGAUAAGGGAGAACAUCUCUGAGUGGAGGAACUGCACUAUUGUCUCACCUGAUGCUGGGGGAGCUAAGAGAGUUACCUCUAUCGCAGACCGGUUGAAUGUUGACUUUGCCUUGAUUCACAAAGAACGGAAAAAAGCCAAUGAAGUGGACCGCAUGGUGCUGGUGGGAGACGUGAAGGAUCGGGUGGCCAUUCUAGUAGAUGACAUGGCUGACACUUGUGGCACAAUCUGCCAUGCAGCUGACAAACUUCUUUCAGCUGGAGCCACUAGAGUUUAUGCUAUCUUGACUCACGGAAUCUUUUCUGGCCCAGCCAUUUCUCGCAUUAACAAUGCAUGCUUUGAAGCAGUAGUGGUCACCAAUACCAUACCUCAGGAGGAUAAGAUGAAGCAUUGCUCCAAAAUACAGGUGAUCGACAUCUCCAUGAUCCUUGCAGAAGCCAUCAGGAGAACUCACAAUGGGGAAUCUGUUUCCUACCUGUUUAGCCAUGUCCCUUUAUAAUAGAAUAACUUCUGAGGCUUUUAAAAAAUAAAGUGAACCCCGACCCUUGUUUUCCCUUGGUGUUCAAUGAAAAAUUUAGCAGAAGACCCAGCUUGUUCCAGUAGCUUUCUAUAUCCCAUGCCAGGCACAUUAAUGUUUCUCUAAAAUUAGGGAAAGACAGAUGGAGACUAACUGCUCGGAUUUCCUACCUGCAUUGUCUCACUCUGGCUUCUCUGAUUUUGUGAGCCUCGCAACUUUCACUAUAGCUCAACUGCUGCAGGAUUUCAGGCUUCGAAGGGUGUUGUAUGGAGCAUUUAUGUGAUUGGGGAAGCUCAGCCUACUUUCCUGUGAAUGCUUCAGGGUUACAUUGGUUCAGAAUUACUAGCAACAAAGCAACCCAAUCCCCCAUGCCUGUAAUGUGUGACCUGUUCUCUAAGGUCUAUACUAAAUUAUAACAGGAGCCCUAGGCAGUCCAGAAUCCAGCUCUCAGGUGGGAGCCUGAGGGAAGAUAGCGCACAACUGAACAGAUCUUGGUAGGAAAAAAGCUUGAUACAUCACCCUCUGCUAGGGAACUGUUGCUUAGUCUCUUUUGUACCUGUUUCUUUUCAUUUGGUUUGAUACUUUUCCUGGCCAAAUACCCUCUUGGGCCCAAAUCGUCAUCCUACCAUAGUCUUCCGGAAUGCAAACCUCACUUUUUGCUCUGUAUUGUUUAACAUUUACAUGAGAUGUUUUGCUGUAGCUUAAUCUUCCUUAGCUCACUACCACCAUGGUAGCAGGUUCUAGGUGGUGUUGUAGUGCCUUUUGAUUAAUUUAAGUAUUUAAUUUUAUCUUUCAUCGGAUCUUUUAGCCUCUCCAAUGACUUGAGCUUUCUGUUAAAAACAUUGAUGUUAAUAGCUCUUGUAGAGGAAACUAAUAAAGUAUCUGUGUGUGUGUGUGUGUGA